ACUGCAAGGUACACGAUGGCGGUAUGUGGCAAUGAUAGUUCGAAGGUCGUCUCCGGUAGUACGAGUUCCUUUACACACUCGCCUCCAGAUCCUGCUGACGGCGACCAAGGGCAAAGUGUUGCGUGUCUGUCACUGCUUUGUGUGUGCGUCCUUCUGCGUGAGGAAGAACAGCCUGGUUGCUUCAAGAACAGCGAAGGAAAUAUGGCUUUAAGAGCAGCUUUGUGCCUCGUGUUCUUGGGCUUUUUCGCAGUGGCAGUCCGGGCUCAUUUUGGAAGCUGCGAGGACCACACGCCCUUGUGCGUUCAAUGGGCGCGCAACGGGGGUUGUCGGCAGGACCAGCUGUUCAUGAUCCAAAACUGCCCCGUGUCUUGUAACCUCUGUUUAGACCCAGAAUGUCGGGACAGGAACCACAACUGCGCCGCGUGGGCAAGGGAAGGAAAUUGCGUCACGCAUCCUCUGCAAAUGAUCCCUACGUGUCCCCACUCUUGUGACGCUUGUAUAAUUCCUUAUUAAAGUGGGGGGGGGGAUUUUAUACUCUUUUUUUUUGUUAUUUAGUGUGUGUUCAGGGUCGAAUUUGUUACGUGUAAAGCAAGCGUUUGGGUUUUAUUCAUUGCUAUUUGGUUUCCUGGAAAGAAAACACAAUUAUGAAUUCCUAAAAAAUCUGAUUUAUGUAAUAUUUUGUAUGUGACUGGGAUGCAAUUGUUCAAUCAGAAAUACAAACCUCUUCAAAAUAUUGAAGAUGACAGGAGAUAAUUAAAUUAAUUUGUGAUCAUUAAACCGUCCCUCUUUUCCGUAAUUCAUUCAAUUGCACUGUGAUAAUAAAACGAUUUUUUGGCUAUA